AUGACUACACACUCCACCACUCGUGGCCGCUCGGCCCUGGCCGUCAGCGCCGUCUUUACAACCCUGGCGACGCUCUUGGUGCUGGUUCGGAUUUAUACUAGAGCCUUCAUGGUGAAGCAAAUGGGGGCGGAUGACUAUGCUAUCUGUAUCGCCCUGGCAUUCUCAUGGGUCUUCUUCGGGAUGUUUAUUGGGGAGGUCUUCCACGCCAUGGGUGAACAUUACAUCCUCAUCCCAGCAGCAGUCUACAAGGCGCAGAUGAUCUACUUCUGGAUAUCGAUCCCAAUGUACCAAACUAGUCUGAUCGCUACCAAGAUGUCGAUUCUUCUGCAAUACCAACGAGUCUUUUCAACGCCGCGAAUGCGCCUCGCCUGUAACCUCCUGAUCGGUUUGCUCGCUGUAUACGGAACAUGGACAGUUGUCACCGCUUGGGCCACCUGCGUACCUCUCGCCAAGUUCUGGGAUCCAUCUGUGCCCGGUUUUUGUUUCGACAAAAAGGCGUUGUGGUUCUCGAACUCCGCCAUCCACAUCUUGACGGAUGUCAUGAUUCUGAUUUACCCCAUGCCGGUGCUCAAGUCUCUGCAGCUGCCGAAGAGACAAAAGUUCGCCUUGAUGGGUGUCUUCGCGCUGGGUGGAUUUGUGUUGAUUACUAGUAUCCUGCGUCUUCAGAGUCUGCUCGUGAUUGCCAACUCUACCGACCCAACCUAUGACAAUGUUGGCGCUGCCGCCUGGUCCGCUGUCGAAUGCAAUGUUGCCAUCAUCUGCGCGUCCCUCCCCAGUACACGCGCAUUCCUCUCUCGACUACUCCCCCACGUCUUCUCCACCGGCAGCAACGGCUACCACAGCAGAACGACCCGCCCAUCACGCACAGGCCGCAGCCAUCUCACAGCCACCAACACUCAAAUGCAAGCAUCCAUCAUCGGCGGCCGCGAUGCUGACCAUGACUACGAUCUUGACAAACUUUCGCCCUCGGAGUCGUCCUUCCGCAGCUAUGAUAAACGGCACAACGCCCAGGCCCCCCUCGCCGGCAUCAAGGUCACGACUUUUGUCACACAGGAGUCUUCCUCACAUCCAGUGGCGGAUGAUGACACAGGAAGCACGAAUGAUCUCGUGCAUAAGCAUGACUUCUAA